CCAAGACACUGGACAUCAUGUGUUAUUUAACCCCCGUUCGGCUUGUGGAAGCCGGGAUAGCUCCCAACACCGAAGGAAACAUGAACAAGAACUGUCUUGAGGAGAUGGGUGCGGCCAAGAGGAAGAAACCUUCCAAGAAGAUGGCAAGGACCUCUGCCUCUGAAGCAACUCAACCGGCAGCCCAGCCUGUGGUCCAGCAGCCCGAGCCACUCCACCAGAUUCCUCUCGAGCAGGUGAACUUUGAUGCCAUGGCGGGGACCAGCCGUUUGGGGGCUUGCACUCCAAUCCUCUUUUCACUGAAUCCCCGGGUUCGUCCGGUGCUGCCAAAGUUGUGGCUGAACAGUCCAAC